AUGGCCUUCCUGCUGAAGGGAAUGGUAAGCAGUCAACUGAAGAGUUUUGGACUGGGGGACACUAGUGAAGAGAAGAAGGAAGGGAGUGAAGCUUCUGACCCGGCAGCAGCAGCAGGAAUGACCCGUGAAGAGUAUGAGGAGUACCAGAGGCAGCUGCUAGAGGAGAAGAUGGAAAGAGAUGCCGCAUUCAACCAGAAGAAAGCGGAAAGAGCCACACUGCGUGUACACUUGCGAGAGAAGUACAGACUGCCGCAGAGUGAAAAGGAUGACAACCAAAUACAGAUGGCUGGAGAUGACGUGGAGCUACCAGAGGAUCUGCAGAAGAUGAUGGCUGAAGAUCAAGUCGAAGAAGAAGAGAAGAGCUCCUUCAUGGGCCACAUCCAAAGCAUCCAGAAUAUGGACAUGGACACCUUUAAAGAAAAAGCCACAGCCACAUUCACUGAGAUUAAACAAUCGGCGGAAGAAAAGUGUCUGUUGAUGUAG